UUCCACUUCAGCAUAGUGCUCUGUGUUUUUACUCUUAGUCAAUGGUGAAUCUCGCAUUUUGAGCUACCGAGUCCAGCAGACAAACUCACCGAGUCAAACCACCGAGUGGAGAUCUAGCAGCAUGUUGGACGGUCUACUUGGCAGAGGCUUUGCCGCUAAAUGCAAAUCGCUGAUCAAACUCACCAAGAGUCGGAUCGAUGUGAUACGAAGGAAGAGAAGAGCGACCGAGAAGUUUCUGAAGAAAGAUAUGGCUGAUCUGCUCACGAACGGUCUCGAUAUCAAUGCCUAUGGAAGAGCUGAGGGACUGUUGGUUGAGCUAACACUGUCAUCUUGUUAUGAUUUUGUUGAGCAAUCCUGCGAGUUUGUAUUGAAGCACCUCUCAGUCAUGCACAAACUGAGUGGGUGCCCUGAGGAAUGUAGGGAUGCGGUAGCAUCUCUGAUGUUUGCUGCUGCUAGAUUUUCCGAUUUACCAGAGUUACGGGACCUUAGGCAAAUGUUUCAGGAGAGAUAUGGGAAUUCCAUAGAAUGUUAUGUCAAUCAGGAGUUUGCUGCAAAUUUGAAUUUUAAGUCUUCAACAUUGGAGAAGAAGGUCUGCUUGAUGCAACGGAUUGCAUCUGAGUUUUCAAUAAAGUGGGACUCCAAGGAUUUUGAGCAGAGGAUGUCAAAGUCGUCUGCUUUUCAGCAGGGUCAUGAUACUCGUACGUCUAACCCUUUGACUGAUAACAAUAUACCAUCACAUGCCAAGUGUGCUACCACAACAGGAGUCAAGCGUGAUACUCUGUUCGACAAAAGUCCUGACCAUCCAAACAAGGCGUACAGAUUUCAGAAUGGUAAGGAAGCUGUUGUCCUAAACAGAGAUGAUGGUGGUCUUCAGUUCAGAUCCACACACCCUGAAAAUGGAUUCAAGCCACUAAAUGCUGUUGAAGUAAUUCAAAAAAGGGACGUCCAUGAUAAUCCAUUAACAGGAAGGCAUAAUAAUAAUUGGAAGGAGAAUAGUAUGCUAAAACCAAAUCAGCAUUCAUCACAGAAGAAAACAGUGGAACAAUUUGAAGGCGGUUCCAUGCUGCAAGACAAUUCAUUCGCCACAAGACAGGAUACUACUAAGAGAAGUGAUAGAGGAGGUUAUCGGAAGGAGGGUAGCAUGCCAAAAUCUAUUGGGGAUUCAUUACAAGAGAAAACAGUGAGACAAUUUGAAGAUGCUUCUAAGCUGCAUGACAGUUGUGGGGAUACCACCCAUCUUAGAGAAAACCAUGACUCUACAACUGCUAGAAAAUCACCUAGUCGUCUAGGAAUGCGAUUUAAGAGUAAUGCGGAUGAGCCAUUUGCUGCUAAUGAUGUUACCAUGCCUGAUACUGAUAACUUGUACAGAGAAGUUCAAAAGGAUGAAACUCCUAAGCAGAAGCGCUACUACAGUAAUGCCAUUCCACCACCAUAUGUCAAACCUAAAUCCAAACAGCAGAACAGCAUAUUUGGAGUAAAUAUGUCUUCAAAUAUUGACAGUGAUGGUACCUCUAUAUAUCUUUCAGCGCAUGAUAGGCCUGACACUGCCUCUACAUCAGAGAGGAUUCAAAUAGGUUGGGAGGAUGAUGAUCCUGACCAGCAUUGGCAGGCCAAUAGGCACAAGAGACCAAGUAAACAGAGUCAUGAAGAAGGGUAUUAUGUUUGUGAAGAUGCUAAUGAAGCCUCUGUGUUGAAACCAAAAUCCACGAGGCGGAAGCACUUAAGAUCUCGAUCCAGUCACACUGAUGCUAAAAAUGAAGAUACUGGACCAAGGAGAAAAUCGAGGAGCAGAAGCAGGAGACGAGGUGAAUCAAGGCAUGGCCUGCAAACUUUGUUGGAUGAUGAGCGAUAUCAAAAUGCUGAAGAGGAAAGGUUAAUAGACAAAUUAUUGAUCCAUUAUAGCAAAAAACCAUCGAUCAUUGUACCUGAGAAACUAAGAAGAAAUUCUAAAAACAGUCAUCCGCCCGAAAUGGAUCACACAACCAGGGAAUUUCUACAGAAUGAAAGGCAGGAUGGAUCUAAUAAGUCACAAGAGAUGGCUACUUAUCCUCCACGAUCAGUUUCCCUUCCUCGUGAACAAACUAGAGAGGUGGAAAUUAAGAAAGUAUAUACUCGAGCUGCUACAUUUCAGCCAGAUAGAUCUGAAGGAACUCGGCAUGUACAUCCCAAGUUACCGGACUAUGAUGAUUUAUCAGCUAGGUUUGCAGCCUUGAGAGGAAGAUGAAGAAUGAAAUUAUAGUAACGAUCAAUGAAUGAAUGCUCCAUCUUUCCUAAACUAAUUGGAGAUCGUCACGCUUUAAUCUCAUAGUGUUUGUACUUGGCAUGAUUCAAGAUUGCACGGUCGCGCUUUAAUAUCUUCCUUAGAAUUGUCUACUGAUGGUCCCAUUUGUAUCGGUUGACGUAAUAUUGUAUAGGUUGCACGCGACGUUACUUCAAGUUUUGCCAUUUAUGAUUGUAUUAGUGUCUAACAAAAAUUGAUGGUCUUCCUAUUUUCUUCGGGUUGACAUCUGGUACAAUAAAAGAAGUUGAAUAUGAUGCA